AUGCAUCGUCUUUUUACUGAGCUGGAGCCAUCUAUUACUGUCACCGAGCAAAACCUGGCAGACCGAGUUCGGUAUAUCUUACGCUCAAUUAUAUUUGAUGGCGCCGAACUCGAACGGUUACGACGUGAGGCUGUUCCCUCAUCAAAUGAAAACGCUACGACUGGGGGUGCGGUGCCAGAAGUUGCAGAACAACCCGCACACGUGGAUGCCGCCGAGAAUACCCCAGUGGUUGCUGAUUCAAAUGAUGAUGGAACAUUCACCCAGGAACUAGAAAUAGAGCAAAUGAGGAGUACAUUGGAAGAGGCGAUUAUGGAAACGCGCAGUACGCCUCUCGAAAAUCGACCGCGACUUCCCCCGCAUAGCCCUAAGCAAGCGGAAUCGGGCUGUCGUGAGGGCUCUGAACCCAAUACUAGUGACCUAUUUGGAAGCCAGCCGGGACCUUUGCGAGACGGACUCAAUUCUCUUUGGCGCCGCACUGGCAGUCUGCCGUAUUAUAGGCGCCAAACUUUCCACGGCUGGACGCACUACUGGACAAAGUAG